GAAUUAUAAUCAUAUUUUCAAACCCCCUUCUCUUCUUCCUCGACAAGCUUUCUUCGGUCACUCCGCCACUCCCAUUCUUUCCGAUCAAAUUCCAUGACUCUAUCAUUCAACAUCUCUUCGAAUCACUUGAUUCCACCACGCCCCACCUGCCCACAAUCACGAGUACCAGCAUCAGCUUCACAUCUCACCAGCACCAAACCCAAUUCAUCGAUCCAACACACUAACACAAGAAGAUGCAUAUGCUAUGAUAUGUAUAAACAAGUGGUCCCUUUUGCCGAGGCUUGGUCAUGGCAGAAAUCAAUUGUUGAUCAGAGGAAGUCAUUGGUUGAUGGAAAUGAAGAUGAGUUGGAUAGUUUGAUUGUGCUUCAGCAUCAGCCUGUUUAUACAUUGGGUACUGCUAGUUCAGAAGAUAACUUGAGUUUUGAUGUUAAAGAUUCACCUUUGCCUUUGUAUCAGACAGAAAGAGGUGGUGAAGUUACUUAUCAUGGACCAGGACAGCUAGUGUUGUACCCGAUUUUGAAUCUUCGCUUCCAAAAGAUGGAUCUUCAUUGGUACAUGAGGGCAUUGGAGGAGGUAGUCAUUCGCGUUCUUUUCUCAACAUUUUCACUAAAAGCUUCACGGGUCGAGGGUUUGACUGGAGUUUGGGUUGGGGACAAAAAACUAGCGGCAGUUGGAAUCCGCGUUUCAAAAUGGCUAACAUAUCAUGGAUUGGCAUUAAACGUCUCCACUGAUCUUUCGCCCUUCAGUCGGAUAAUCCCGUGUGGAAUAAAAGACCGAGGAGUGGGAAACAUUAAGGAGCUUCUAAGAGGGUCCAACAAACCUUCUUCAAUAUCCGGUUGUCACGAUGAAGAUGAUGGUACACUCAUUGAUAUAGCUCAUGAAUCAUUGCUAAAAGAGUUCUGUGAAGUUUUUCAGCUUGAAUUGUGUCAUCAGUCAGGAUCAAUCCUUAGGUCUCCAGACAGAUAACACUGCAAGUUGACUUUUUGAAUUUGACCGGUCUCAAGUUCCAUAUAAUACAACUUUUGAUAGUAUAGACAUGCUAAUCUAUGACUGUUGCAUUGUUUGAUGGCUAUAACAUGUUUGUGCCUAGAAAUUUUAUCAUCCUACAUCAGAAGAAAAGUUAAUUCAUUUAG